AUGCAGGUAAAUCCAGAGGCAGCCAGGGGGCCCCAGGCGCCCGAUGACCUAUACCUAAUGGUAAAACCGCCACUGGCUAUAGCUAAAAGACUGAAAGAAGUAAAUGACAAGAAUAAUCUAAAGAAAACACAACCACACAACACAAAGAGCCAGGGAGCUGAGCCUGAGCUUCACUUUGAUUGUGAAGCCUUCCUGGAAAUAGUUAAAGUUGCAGAGUUUAGCCUCUUUUCCAUCUGGGUGAUUAUGAUGCUGCUGAAGAGCUCAUUGUCUGCUGGUGACUCAAGAACUGUGAAUCCUUGUUGCUACUACCCAUGCCAGAACACAGGAGUGUGUGUGCGAUUUGGCACAGACGGCUACAAAUGUGACUGCUCUCACACGGGCUACUACGGAGAGAACUGCACCAUUCCGGAGUUUAGGACCCAAAUCCGUCUGAAGCUGAAGCCCAGCCCCUCGGUGGUUCAUUACCUUCUGACUCAUUUCAAGUGGUUUUGGGACAUCAUAAACAACUCUUUCCUGUGUGAUACCAUCAUGAGAUUAGUGCUGGUUGUGAGAAAUGAUCUCAUCCCGAGCCCUCCGACCUACAAUAGCAGAUAUGGCUACAUCAGCUGGGAGUCCUACAACAACAUCUCCUACUACACCAGGCUCCUCCCUCCUGUACCUGAGGACUGCCCUUUGCCCAUGGGAACUAAAGGUAAACUCGUUCUUCCUGAUGUCGAGGUGUUGGCCGAGAGAUUCUUCAAGAGGCAAACAUUUCGACCAGAUCCUCAAGGAACAAAUCUCAUGUUUGCCUUCAUGGCUCAACACUUCACCCACCAGUUCUUCAAGACGGAUCACACAGCUAAAGGAGGCUUCACCAAGGCUUUAGGACACGGGGUGGAUGCAAGCAACAUCUACGGAGAAGGCCUCGACAGACAGCACCAGCUCAGGCUUCACAAAGAUGGAAAGUUAAAAUAUCAGGUGAUAGAUGGUGAGAUGUACCCUCCUAAAACCUCUGAGGUCCCUGUGCACAUGGUGUACCCUGAAGGCUUCCCCGAUGAGCAGCGUCUGGCCAUCGGUCAGGAGGUGUUCGGCCUCCUGCCGGGCCUCACCAUGUACGCCACCAUCUGGUUGAGGGAGCACAACAGAGUCUGCGACAUCCUGAAGACAGAACAUCCAACGUGGGACGAUGAGCAGCUGUUCCAAACCACCAGACUCAUCAUCAUCGGUGAGAUCAUCAACAUCAUAAUAGAAGAAUAUGUGCAACACCUGAGUGGCUACUACCUGAAGCUGACCUACGACCCCACCCUGCUCUUCACUGAGCGUUUCCAGUACACUAACCGCAUCGCUCUGGAGUUCUGCCAUCUCUACCACUGGCACCCGCUGAUGCCAGACAGUUUCCUCAUCGAUGGAGCUGAAAUCCCGUUCUCCCAGUUUUUAUACAACACCUCCAUCCUCACGCUGUACGGUGUAGAGAAGCUGGUGGAUGCUUUCUCUCGACAGCCUGCAGGACAGAUCGGCGGAGGUCGCAACACUCAUGGACUGUUGCUGAGAGUGGCAGAAAAGAUCAUCGGAGAGUCGAGAGCUACACGUCUGCAGUCUUUCAACCAGUACAGGAAGAGGUUCAACCUGAAACCGUACACGUCCUUUUAUGAACUAACCGAUAACACAGAAAUAGCUGAAGGUUUAGAGGAACUCUACGGAGACAUUGAUGCUCUGGAGUUUUAUCCAGGUCUCCUGCUGGAGAAAACUCGUCCCGGCUGCAUUUUUGGUGAGAGCAUGGUGGAGAUGGGUGCUCCUUUCUCCUUGAAAGGCCUGUUCGGAAACCCCAUCAACUCCCCUGAGUACUGGAAGCCCAGCACCUUUGGAGGCGAGACAGGCUUCAACAUCAUCAAAACGUCAACUUUGAGGAAGCUGGUGUGUCUCAACACCAAAUGGUGUCCGUAUGUGGAUUUUCAUGUGCCGCAAAAUGAGGAAGAACCCCAACCGAGGAAGGCUCCUCCUGAACUUUGAUGAGUAAUGAACCUGUUAAUGUUUAUUCUGACAGCUGGUAGUCCCAGUCGAGCAAGGUUUAGGUUUUACUGAGAUUUAAUCCUAAAUGUGUUCAAAAAUGAGAUUAUUUCAGGUUUUAAGCAACAAAAAGAACAAGUUCACUAAGAAACCAUUUUUUACUUUUUUUUUUUAAUAAUCCGUCACUCGGAGUUUCACAUGCAGGCUGAAUGUGCAAAUAGUCUUCUGCCCCUAUUUCCUAAAUUAGCUUCUGGGAGAAAAUAGACGGGGAAAUACUAGGAUUUGAAAAGCCUGACAAAUCUACGUCACACUGAAAGUUAGCAUUCAUGGACUCACCCAGCUUGGCUCGCAACCGGGAAGGCUGUUGUUGAUUCAAACAGAGCAUGUCUCAGUUAGUAGAAGCUAACCGUUAGCAUUAGCAACUCCACCACACAGUAGAACUCCUCCAGGCUUGAGUUAUUUGUGGAGAUAAAACAUCAACGUUGCAGAGCAGACACAGUCAUUGGUAUAGUUG